CCUCCUUGCCCCACCAAAGCAAAGAAAGCAUCUAAGACCCCACCACCACCUUGGCAACUUCUUCGGAACGAUGAUGAAGACAGUGGGAUGAUUUAUUCCAGUGGGUUUAUUCUACAUGUACUAGAUGUAUCAGAUGUAUCGAUACACACACAAGGUUUAUGUAUGUCGUGAUCUAAGAAACACUAGAGUAAAAACGGUCCUGCGCCUGCAUUUGCACCUCACAAACACUAAGGCUACAUACCUAUGUACAUCGCAUAAUACCAUAGGUACAAGGAGGUAGGAUCGAUCAAUAUAGCACGGGAUCCUGGUUAUCCGAAUUCGCAGCGUCGUUCGCUCGUUCGCUCAGUGCUACCAUCUUACUGUAACAACCCGCAAGAAGAAAAAAUAAAGCUGUUUCCUAAUCCAAGAAUCUGGAAUUGCGUUUGAUAACCUGGCUAUAUUAAACAACGAACUUCCGCAAUUUAUUUCUCUCUCCUUCCUUUGUCUACAAUCUCUAAUUUAAACAAUAAUCUACGAGUCACUUCUUAAACCCUCGAGUUGCCGUGUCUCAAGCUUCGUCCGAGACAUAAAAGCAAGAACAAUUAUCGUACAUCUAGAACCUACCAAUCAACUACCUCCAACAUGUCUGCUCUCAAGCCUGGCGAUUCUUUCCCCGAGGGUGUGACCUUCACCUACGUCCCCUACAACCCAGACCAAGGCGCUGUAACAGCAUGCGGUAUUCCCGUCAAGUACGAUGCCAGCAAGGAAUUCAAGGAGAAGAAGGUCGUCCUAGUCUCCGUCCCCGGUGCCUUCACACCAACCUGCCAAAACACACACAUCCAGGGCUACAUCGAGAAGCUCCCCCAACUAAAAGCCGCCGGCGUUGACCAAGUCAUCGUGAUCGCCUUCAACGACGCAUGGGUCCAAGCCGCCUGGGCCAAGGCUAAUGGCAUUAAAGACGAGAUUAUCUUCGCCUCCGACGACGGCGCCCCCUUCAGCAACAGCAUCGGCUGGACCCUCGGCGCCCGCACCGCGCGCUACGCCAUCGUCGUCGACCACGGCAAGGUCGUCUACGCCGAGAAGGAGCCCGCCAAGGAAGUCUCCGUCUCCGGCGUCGACGCCGUCCUAGCUAAGCUAUAAAUAUUCCCCACCAAUCCCAAAACCAAAUUUCCAAAUACCACAUAUAGAUAGAAUGCCGGAGGAAAAACCGUUGCUAGCAAUAGAAAUGGGGUGGCUACUACUGCUCGGGAGGGGGGGGGGCAAUGAGGGGUAUGUUUACUACGCGCGCGAAUAUCACCCUGAGAUAUGGGUGUGGAUCUAGCUGGGAUUGAACAAAUUUAUAUGCGGGAUGGCUAGCUAGGUGGCGAUCUUAGAAAAAUCUCCCCUCAAUGUUACCUCUCGGUGGUGCUGAUUUCGCAGCAUUGGAGGAUGGAAGCUGGUAGACUACAGUUAAUAGACUCGGCUCAAUUCAUUCUACUAAUUAUAUCAACCUUC